GUGGCCAGCAGCCAUUUUUGUUUUCCCUCAUUUCUCUGUGAGACUAGACUGAGAAGACAGUUGAGUUCAGAUUAAUGGAGAAGGGGUCAUCAAAGUAGCUGAUUUUGGACUGACAGAGGACAUGUACAACACUAACUACAUUCGUCGAAGAAAAAAGAGUGAGACAGAAGAGAAAGUCCCCAUCAGGUGGAUGGCUCCUGAGAGUAUUGAAAACUGCAUCUACACCGAGGCUUCUGAUGUGUGGUCCUAUGCAGUGACAAUGUGGGAGAUAUUCACUUGUGGGAGGGUCCCAUACGCUGGAAUACAUGCCAUGUGCCUUCUGACUGAACUAAAGAGAGGAGAGAGACUGGAGAAACCUGACAACAAGGCCUGCCAUGAUGACAUAUUCAAUGUCAUGGUCUCCUGCUGGAAACUGGAAGCUGGUGAACGUCCAAAGUUCUCUGAUUUGGUAGUCACGGUGAAUGACCUCCUGGAACAAUAUGGUGGCUACCUGGAGCUCUCUCGGUUCCCAACUCUUACAGUGGCUACUACAACCUCCCCACCUCCAUCUCCUGCUGAUCAUCCUCAGAUUGAGCUGACAGAGUUGGCAGUUUCUGAGCCAGAUAUUGAUGAGAAAGAAAGUGACUUAUAAGUGUAAAUGUAUUCUUAAAGUGACUGUCUGUUAGAUAAAAGAGACUCAGUUGAUUGUAUUUUUGUACUAUUUACCCCGCAUAUAUAUGCACAGUGGUGUUGGCAUCCAUUUGAUGUCACCUUUAAGGCAGAUUUAACACUUUUAACUUGAAUAGUUCUUCUACGAAUUGGAACUGUAGUUGUGUUUGUAAUGAUUCUAUGCUAACUUUUAGAAUGGCACACUAUACUUGAGGCUAAU